AUGAGCAAUGUACACCUGGCCACGGGGCUUAGCCGUACUGCCCAGCAGCAGGAGCCCCAGGAUAGCCAGUCGUUGCUCACGCCUGUUGGUGCAACGAAGUUUGGAAAACAAAUCCAGAAACGGCAGCUUGAGGUCCCCGAGUAUGCAGCAAGCUUUGUCAACUACAAGGCUUUGAAAAAGCUCAUCAAGAGGCUCUCGGCCACUCCUGUCCUGAGCGCUCAGAAUGGGGGCCACCAUCCUGCCGGCCCUAUAGACUCCCAAGCUGCCCUGCAGGCUAACAAGGCGACCUUCUUUUUCCAACUGGAACGUGAACUGGAGAAGGUCAACGCCUUCUACCUCCAAAAAGAAGCCGAGCUCAAGAUCAGACUCCGGACCCUCCUUGACAAGAAGAAGCUCGUCAAGUCCCGGAGCCAUGGCAUAUCAAGAAAAUCUGCCAAGUUUGCAACUCUCCAGGAGGGGUUCCAGCAGUUCGCCAACGACCUGAACAAACUACAGCAAUUCGUCGAGAUCAACGGCACGGCCUUUUCCAAGAUCCUGAAGAAGUGGGACAAGACUUCCAAGUCCAAGACCAAGGAGCUUUACCUCUCAAGAGCGGUCGAGGUUCAGCCCUUCUUCAACGCCACCGUCAUCAGCGAAUUAUCAGAUCAAGCAACAACCAGUCUCCAGGAACUGGGCGCAUGGGCAGACGGCGACCAGAUCAGCUUUAGUGACCAGCGCGAGCAUGUUGUGAGCAGCCAGCACCUUCUGGGGACCGACGAGGGAGAUGCAGACACACUCCUCCUGGACACAGUACGGUCUGGUAGCCUGGACUCCCUACGGGAUCUUCUCGGGCGUAUGUGGUCUUCACCAGGCCCGGAGCCCUCGUCGGCCAUGGAUCCUUCACUCAGAGAACGAAUCACGCGCACCUUCCUGGCAUCCAUCAAUGAAGGCCCCCAGGAGUCUCUUGAGCUGCUUCUGAGCACAGGGCUCGUCGACGUGCAGUCGGAGGAUGACAUCAAUGAGAGGAACUGCCUUCACCAGGCCACCAUAUACGGCAACACCUACGUACUUCAGUACGGACUGGCGAAGGGUGUUGUGGUGAGCAGAACCGACGUCUAUGGCCGCGUUCCACUCCAUUAUGCAAGUAUGCACGGCCGUCUCGACAUGCUUGCGGCUCUUCUUGAUGCGGACCCGAAAACCAUCGACCUGAUAGAUCACGACAACUUUACACCCCUGAUCCACGCUAUAAUCCACGGCCACCUCGAAUGUGUCCAGCUUCUCCUGGCGAAAUCAGCGCGGCUCGACCCGCCCUCGGACACAGAUCAUGUGCCUCUGAAUCUUGCAUGCGAACACGGCUCUGGGGCGAUUGUCGAGCUGCUUCUGAAGCAUGGCGCGCAGAUCCUGCCCGACGCCGAGGGUCUUUACCCGCAGCACCUGGUGGCAAGAUCGGGCCAGACUCCGGACCUGCUUCUCCUGCUCCAGCAGUACGGAGCUGAUCUCAACCUGAUGGAUAAGCUCUAUGGCUGGACCCCUCUCGUCCACGCAGCCAGCGAAGGCAAUGUACCCUGCCUCCAGGCUCUUCUGGUGGCCGGUGUUGACCCCAACAUCUUGGACGAGAAGGAUCUCCCCGCAAUGUAUUACGCGGCCUGGGAGGGGCACCUGGAAUGCAUGAGGCUCCUCAGCCCCUUCAACCGCGCCAGGCCGGUGGUGAGCCCGGGCAUGGUGCCAACCAUGUCGACGCCGCUUGCUCCCAUGGGCCUGGGCAGCAGCAGCGCACCCAUGCCCAUGGCUCUGGACCCGGAUGCCAUCCCCGUCCUCGAGCUCCCUCCUCCCAUCAUUCCGCUACGGCGCUACGGCCACAACUUCCUCGACACCAAGACGGUGGUGCAGCUGACGUUUGACGAGAGCGGGGAGCAGCCCCUUAUUUUCUUCCACGACGGCAAGUACCCGGCUGCUCGACUCACCAUUUCCUCAAAGGUUUCGGACGUGAUUCCGAAAAACGUCAUUCUGCCCUUUCAAGAAGAUACCCGCCUCGUUUCCUUCCACAUCGACAACCUCGACUCGUUCACGCUGGACUUUGACGUUUUCCCCACCUACGGCGCCAAGGUCAUCGCCAAGACGGUUGCGCUUCCCAACACCUUCCGGGCUCUGCUGAGCAGCUCGGGGAGCUGCUGCCUCCCACUCUUCGAUCCGAGGCUCCGUGCCAUCGGCCAGAUCAGCUUUCACACGCAAGUGAUCAAGCCGUUCCAGGGAGUGCCGCUCGAGAUUGCCGAUUUCGAGACGUAUUGGAAGGCCACCAGCCAGCUGGACGGGCAGCCCAGCAUGUUCGUCUCCGGGUCGAGCCUCUCGGGCGACUUUGUGAGGUUAUAUGUGCAGCACACGAGCGACGGCGUACCGGUGCUGUGGCCUUUGUGGACGGUCGCCUGCGGCGGCGUCCAGGUCCCGGUCUCUCGCCUGGCGUACGACCAGUUCGUCACGGCGGUGGCGUCAUCGCCGGGCCGGAGCGAGCUCGGGGCGGUGUCGACGCUGCCACUGGACCGCAUCUCGGACGUGCACCGCAUCCUGGCGACGUCGGGCAUCACGCUACAGGAGGCGCUGGCGGUGCUCCCCGCGGGGAUGCACGUCAACGUGCAGAUCAUCUACCCGACGGCGGAAGAGGAGAGGAGCCUGAGCCUGGGGCCGAGCGCUGACAUGAACGGCUUCGUCGACGCGGUGCUGAUGAUGGUCUUCGACCACGCCCGCGCCCAGCGGGCCCAGGCGCCCGACGCCGUCCGCUCCGUCGUCUUCAGCUCGUACAACCCCAGCCUCUGCACCGCGCUCAACUGGAAGCAGCCAAACUUCCCCGUAUUCCUCUGCAACGACCUCGGGCAGGAGGAGUGGGCGGGCGCCGCCGCCGGAGCGACCGCCGCCGCCAUGCCGCCCCCAGACGUGAUUCGGGCGUGCGGAAGCAGGACGUCUUCAAUCAAGGAGAUGGUCAGGACGGCUCAGAGCAACAACUUCAUGGGUCUGAUAUGUUGCUCUCGUCUGCUGGAGAUGGUGCCUGCGCUGGUGGACGCCAUCAAGUCGCACGGCCUCGCGCUCGUGAUCGACAAGUCCUGGGAGAGGGCGCAAGAACCCUCGGGGCCCUUUGCGGACCCCUUUGUCCGCCCGCCCAAGGGCGUGGACGGCAUGCUCAAGUCCAACGGCGUGCUACGGUUCAACGAGACGAUAGAUGCGUAG